CCGCAGACCGACACCCCUCCCACGCCCCCCCCGCCCCGCCCCGCCCCAGAACUACGCUUCCCAGAGCGCCGCGCGCGGAGCGGCGCCGGCGGCCGGUGCCGGGGGGAGCGGGGAGGCGGCGGAGGCCCCUCCGGAGCAGGAUGUAUACUCUGCUGUCUGGACUCUAUAAAUACAUGUUCCAGAGGGAUGAGUACUGCAUCUUGAUCCUUGGUUUGGACAAUGCUGGUAAAACUACCUUCCUUGAACAAACUAAAACUCGAUUUAACAAGAACUACAAAGGGAUGAGUUUGUCCAAAAUCACAACCACUGUAGGCUUAAACAUUGGUACUAUUGAUGUUGGCAAAACUCGGCUAAUGUUCUGGGAUCUUGGUGGACAGGAGGAGCUACAGUCUCUUUGGGACAAGUAUUAUGCCGAAUCUCACGGAGUGAUCUAUGUUAUUGACUCCACUGAUGAGGAGAGGCUCUCAGAAUCUAAAAGAGCUUUUGAGAAGAUGAUUACCAGCGAAGCUCUGGAAGGGGUUCCCAUUCUGGUAUUAGCAAACAAGCAGGAUGUAGAGGUUUCUAUUCCUCACAAUAAGCUCACAGAAGUUCUGACUCAAUGCCUGAAAUUCCUGAAAUUGCACGAAGUGUAAGAUUUUUUUGGCCCUGAUGCUAAAUUCCUUGUAAAAAAGAAUUUCACAGUUAAUAGCCACCACUACCCAGUCAGUGCUGCCAAGCAUGAGUGGUGUUUGGUCGUAUCAGGCGAUGAAAUAAAGUCAUAGACCACAAAAUAACCAAUUCUAAUAUCAUGACAAUAUUGUAUAUGAAUUUUUUUUUGUACCAGGAGAAUGCUCUCUAUUUAGCAGGGGCUUCAAAACUGGAUCAUUUUGUAAUUAAUUAAAAGACUGGGUCAAAUGUGUGUUGUGGGAGGGAGUUUGUUUUGGAGUUUGUCUUUUAAAGGAACUAUUGCUUUGCAGGGGAAUUAGAUGUCUGAUAUAUAAUAAUUCAAGUGGACUCUCUUUCAAGUCAGAAUGCCGCUUUUGAAAAUUUUAGGCAGUUUUGCUUACCUACUGCUUACUGCAGAAAAAGCUGCAAAAUAAGAAUUUAUAUUUGCCAUUUUGAAGUGAAUGCAGCUGUUUCAAGGUUUAUAAAAGCUAUAUAUUUCUGAGCUGUACAAUGAACUGUUAAAGCUUAAGGAUAGAAAGGCUCAUUUUGCCGCACACUUAAAAGUACUAGAAAAACUGAGCUGAAAAAGUAGCACAUGAAAAUAAUCGGGUGUUACGUGGUGUCUGAAGUUCUGCCUUCUUAAGAUUAAGAUAAAUUUUUGGAAAUCUCCAGAAUGUUAGAAAGCCUCCUCAUGUCUUUGGAAAAUGAGAGGAGUCAUGGUGAGUAGCAGCAUAUUUUUGAAGGCUCAUAGUGUUACCUAUUUUCCACACAGUUGUUAGAAUAUAGGCCUUCUGCAUGACAGCCAUUCUAAUUUCCAACAUAAGAAAUAUCACAGCUUCCCUGUAAAAUUAGUUUUAAUUUAGAUAAGCUUGUUUUAAUUUAAACAUGCUUAAGUUUUAGUUUAAAGUAAGCUCGUAAAAAAGAUAGCACAGAACAGAGGUAAGGUGGUUUAAACUUUAUUAAAUAGUUUUACUUAGGCUAUCCACCUUUCUGUUGUUUCUGUUUUAGUUAUAUUCUGUCGAGUGAUUGCUCUUGAGAUGGCUGAAGAGUCUAUACUUCAGGUUUUGUCCUGACCUGAGGCCAAGCAGCAGCACUGUCUUCCCUGCAGUGGGUUUGGCAGAUAGAUAAAGACUCUACAGUGCAACCUUUUUGCCUAAAACAGCCACUCAUGCUUUUCUGCAGGUGACUGCAGAAACGGAACCUUGCUGCUUGAUAUAUUUCGAGGUGUACCAUCCCUGAGCCUUAAUUUGGGUGAUGUCAUUCUGAACCCUUUGUAAAAGCAAUUUGCUUGUGCAGGCAGGUCAUGGCUAGACUAUGCCUUGAAGAGCCUUCAUGAAAAGAUGGUUUGCAGUGCGUUCUUUUGGGGAAGUCGAGAUAGAAAUAUGACUUGUCAAAUUGUGUGUUUCCUCUGAAAUGUAUGGCAGAGAACAUCACUCCAGAAAGGUCACUUGUGGAUUUUAUUAUUGUAAUGGUACACUGUUUAUGUGAUCACAAAUCCAGCUUCCCUAGUUUGCUCUUGGUUUAUGUGGUUUCAGUUGAGAAACAAAACACAUCUUGUCAUGUUUUUUUUUGUCCUGUGGCUGAAACCAGGACACAUGCGUAAACAAAUAUUUUGUAAUGUAUACAAGGAGGUGGAAAAGAGGGGAACUCAGAAGACACAGCUGACAUUUUCUGCCAAGCAUGAGAAGCUCAAAUGCUCCUAGUUGAAGUGAUGGGUAAUCUACCUCAUCCUCUGCUGUGAGACAAGAUUUCCAGUUCAUGGCUUCCCCUUGAACACUAAAACAAGGCUUCUCUGAAUUGAUAGUUCAGUGGUGCUGUGCCCUCUGCUAUGUUACUGUACUUCAUCCCAAGGGGAAAAAUACCUUCCUCAAAACAGGUGUAGCAUUAUGAUACAGUGAUGUCCUACUAUGAACAGCACAAAUCGUGCAAAGUCUCCUCAGAAGCAAAACUCUUUCUGAUGCAGAUCUCUAUGGAGAGCAAUGGCUAGACAGCUUUUGGAAGUUAGGGCAGGCCAUGAUUAUACCAGGGGGUAAGAAAGGGAAAUUAUUAUAAUGGAUUAAGGCGGGAGAAAAAAUGGCUACAACAGUUGUAAGCUGCACUGGGAAAAGUAGACUUCUCAAAGGCCUCCGAGAUGGACGUGGUGAAGAAGGUGGAUUCUAUGUGCCGCUGGAUAUGUGCAGGUGUACUGGUCUGCUGGUGUUUUUUGGCAAGCCAGUUGCCUGACUGCUUUGCAAAGGCAAGUAGAAAUAAAGGACAGCAUGACUAUGCUCUGCACUGUAAUUUCCUACCUUAAGCACUUUCUCUCAGAUUUAUUUUAAAAAGGUUAAAAAGUACACAAUCAUUCAGAAAAGGAGAAAUUUUAAUAUAUAUGAUAUUAAACUGUGAUAAGCUUAAAGCAUAUUUCAAGAAACAUUUGCUCAGUUUCAGCUGCCUUAGGAUUUAACUUUCCUGCCACCAAGUCUCAUUUACUGGGGGGGGGGGGGGGAAGUAAAGACAUGAAAAAUAGCUCAAAUUACUGACGUGCACCUCUUCUUCCUUCCCAGUUGCUGGGUGAUUGACUUGUCUGAAGCUUUGGCUUAAGUCAAGAGGCUGUUGGACCUGCCUUUCUUAUUUGGCAGUGAAUGUCAAACCAAAACUAAAGUAGCGUCUUUUACAAACUUGCAGAGAAAUGGUUGUUUGGUAGUAAUCUCUUGCCCAUCUUCCAGACCUACUGGAAUGAAUUCCAGCUCCCAGGUCCAGUCUGACUCCCUCUAAAGUUAGUAUUUGAUUUAUUUAUUUGACUAUCCUUUGGAUGACAGCGCAUCUUUAUGAAUUGCAGGUUUGUAAGUUGUUAGGGCUUUGGUCAAUGAAGUAAGUUACAUUUCUGGAUACAGUUUCCAGCUCAUUAAUUGAAACUGCAAGUUUGAUGACUGUACUUUCUUAUGACCUAAGUUGCAUUUCAAAAGUUGCACAACUAAUGGAUUCUAGGCCUUUCACAGUGAAAAAUCACAAGUCUGGAUUCAAGGACACUGGGUGAAUUGGGUGUCAUUAAACUCCUCUCAAGCCAUUUCUUAAGAACCCUUCUUACUUAUUAGCACUGAAACCUGCCUAUUUGUCACAUGCUCAUCUCCACAGUAGUUUCCUGUAUUUAAUUUCUCCAGAACCAGUAUUUUGCAAAAUGGAUAGCUGGUAUUAUUAAUUUCCAUCAUUCUGCUAAGUUAAGCCCCCAACUUGAAGGCUGAAUUCCUGUUUGCAGGUAGUCUGUUCCUUCAAAGCAUACAUCCACUUGGACUAAUCCUCAAGACUCACAAGGGUCUGAUUUGGCAUUUCAGGAAACACUUGCCCAAACCAUGUAUUUGAGCCUCACUGAAGGUCCAGAAUGUCUUUGCAGAGAGAGGAAGAAAGCUGGUCUCAUGGCCAGCUUAAGUGCUUAAAUGGCUUGUCCAAGACUUCUGAGGAAAAAGUGAGCACCAAGAUCAGAAAAUGAUUUAAAGGCAGGUGAUUUUUCUUUUACCUGCUUCCCCAUGUUCAGGGAGGAGAAUGCAAGUUUAGACAUCAGUAAGGCAGGUUUGCUUUUGUUGUUUGUAACUCAAAGAAUAAAAUUUUUGUGGUAACACUGAUUUUUGUCAGGAAAGUAAUCCACUGAUUUAUUGGGGGGGUUUAUGCGUUUGUGUAUUUUGAAACCACUUCCUGGCAAUGUCGUAGCAGCCUUACAGAAGUGCUGUAUCACACAUGUACACAUCAUCCUGAUGGUGAUCAAAAGCAAAGUGACACCAGGCAUCAGAAAAUGUGCUGCAUUUAGUACUGUCAGCAUUUUCUCCUGCAUGCAAAAUGCAAACAAGCCCAGAGUAGUUAUGCCUUUAAUAUCAAGGAAUUUGCUGAGAACUUAGGAAAAAUCACAUCUAAGCUGUUUUCUGAGAGUGCACAUGUAGGGAUAUGUGAUCCAGGCCAUUGGCAAAGAGUCAGCCACAGGAACAGACUUGUCUGGGAUUCUGGCACUUUUUCAAAAGGCUUUGUAAAUAGAUGUGCUCCCAUAGUGUUCUGAUAGACAGAACUUGUGUGUGAUGAUUGGGGCCGGUUGGAAGGAGUGUGUGUGGGUUGUGCUAGUUUUUGUGACUCUAUUUGCUUAGAAGUGUGCGUCUUGAGGAUCAGGGAGGUGUGGCAGUCUGUGUAUACUGUCUGAAAAUAGCAUUCUCUUUGGUGAAGAAAGAAUAUGAUUGUUUGGUUUUGGGGGGUUUUUUUGGUUUUUUUUUUUUGAAUGUAGAGAAGUGAAUUUGCUGUGUUAGUGGGUGAUGGGGUUUAACAUAACAGUGUUGUGCCACCCUGUCUGAGGCAGAACUGUGGAUGUGGUAGGAUUCAUUUUGGAAGAAGGCCACCAUGUCUUGUAGCUUAGAAAGCAAGCUCUACUUUUGGUUUCC